AUGGACGAGGGAGUGAGGAGCCCAGCCGGCGGGCAGCACCCUGGACAGCGCCCGCGGCCGAGCGCAGCCCGGCUUCAGCACCACGGACAGGGCUCCCGGAGGCCGAAUUGUUCCGGCCGCAGCCCGCAGCAUGGACGGGAGGCUAAACGUGACCCCGGAGGCUCUCACCAGGCUCCUGCGAGACACAACAUGAGCAGGCGGGAGUUCAUAGCCGCCUACGGGCUGAAGCCCCUGGUCUACAUCCCCGAGCUGCCUCCCGACGCCAAGGUCAUCUUCCUGGUCCUCUACCUCCUCAUCUUCGUGUUGGCUCUUCUGGGCAACAUCAUCAUCCGAAGGAAAGCCAUGAGGACGGCCACCAACAUCUUCAUCUGCUCCCUGGCUUGCAGCGACCUGCUGGUGAAGUACGACUUUCUCUAUAACCGGCACCACGUCUGCUGUUUGGAGUCCUGGCAUAGCAUUGAGCUGCAUAGAGUCUAUGCCAUCUUUAUCCUGGUCGCCUUGUUUCUGGUCCCACUCACUGCCAUGCAUGCUGCUGCUCUACUCCAGGAUUGGGUAUGGAUCAAGAAACGGAUUGGAGACUCAUCAGUACUAAAUAAUGAAAUGGCUAAAAUAACAAGGAAGAAGAAACGAGCUGUAAUGAUGAUGAUGAUGAUUGUAGUGCUGUUCUUCGCUGCAUGUUGGGCCCCUUUUCAUGUUGAGUACAAUAACCUAGAGGAAGAAUAUGAUGAUGUCACUGUCAAGAUGAUCUUCGCCAUUGUCCAAGCUGUUGGGUUCUUUAACUCUUUCAACAACCCUGUCGUUUACACCUUUAUGAAUGAGAACUUUAAAAAGAGCUUCUUGGCCAUUCUCUUCUGCCAUUUUCAGAACCCUGAGCCAGCUGAUAAACAGGAGCCAGAAGUCAGAGAGGCACAGUAUGCAACCGUCACAUGGUGCCAGCAGGAAAGAAGACAGAAGCAUGCAGAGCCACCUGAGUGCAGACAAGCUGGAACUGAGACUCUGUGA